CCAGGGGCCGGAAAGGGUCUCGGCUGGCUCUGUUUGUUUCCGGGUGCUGUCAGAUUGUGUUGUUGGGCCUGAGGGCUUAGUGGCCCUGGAGUGGGCUCGUCCCGGUACUGGACUCACGCUUGUACCAGGCUUGGGGACGCGGAGCGAGUUUUUCGGUCUCCUAGCAACCAGGAACUGGCUGUGGACUGAAGGAGUCGCGGAGCCGGCGUCCAAAUCGCUCAGGCGCUAGCCGGAACCUUUGAGCCCGACCCAAACCAGAGCCGAAACCCCGCGUUUGGAAGACUAAGCAGGAAAUGGCGGACGAGGCGUUGUUUUUGCUUCUCCAUAACGAGAUGGUGUCUGGAGUGUACAAGUCCGCGGAGCAGGGGGAGGUGGAAAAUGGACGCUGUAUUACUAAGCUGGAAAACAUGGGGUUUCGAGUGGGACAAGGAUUGAUAGAAAGGUUUACAAAAGAUACUGCAAGGUUCAAGGAUGAGUUAGAUAUCAUGAAGUUCAUUUGUAAAGAUUUUUGGACGACAGUAUUCAAGAAACAAAUCGACAAUCUAAGGACAAAUCAUCAGGGCAUCUAUGUACUUCAGGACAACAAAUUUCGUCUGCUUACUCAGAUGUCUGCAGGAAAGCAGUAUUUAGAACAUGCAUCUAAGUAUUUAGCAUUUACAUGUGGCUUAAUCAGAGGUGGCUUAUCGAACUUGGGGAUAAAAAGUAUUGUCACGGCUGAAGUGUCUUCAAUGCCAGCCUGUAAAUUUCAGGUAAUGAUACAGAAGCUAUAAAACGUACUGAAAUGCAAGGCAAGGCUUCAACAGUGUAAAGAGAUAAAUUAUUCCUGUAUAAAAUACUUCAAGUAGCAACAAUUUAAUUAUAUUAUUGGACAUUUGAUUUGAUAUAAGCUAUUUGCUAACUUAUGUAAUGAAAGAUGCACUCUUAAGCAGGAGUAAUGUUGUAUUUUAUUAAUUUAACACAGACCUUGUUAAAGCAGAUAAGGAGACAUUCUACCAUAACACAGAUUUUACUGAAACUAUUCAGAAUGAAAACUGAUUUCAAAUAACUACAUCCCAAUGUGUAGCACCCUUAUUUUAAACAUUCUUAUUUGCUUAUAGUGGUGUGUAUUUAACCAUAGAUAGAGAAGCAAAACUCAGGGUUUGAUAAAUCAGCAUUAAGAAAAGUAUGCAUCAAUCAGAAUCAUUUCUGUAAGAGUGAACAAAUUUUGGUUUUGCUUUAUGAAUUUGUUUUAGUUAUUUAAGAAAAGCAAACACACUAAAUUAAACAAUUUUUAUUUUAUUAUAAUUUAUUUCUAUUAAGAAUUUUUAUGCCUAUGAGGAUUUUAUCAUAUACAUCGUGUAUUAUGUGUUUGUGGUAUAUAUAUAUAUCCUAUGUAAUCACCUAUAUUGCUUAAAAAGUUCAUUUUACUUUAACAGAAUUUUGUCCUUAAUUUUACUUUAAUAGAAUUUGGUCCUUGAGAGCUCCAUUAAUGUAAUAAAAGUGAAAUAUAGAUUAGUUUAAGUGUGAAGUCAGUGACUCCAGGGCCAAAGAAUAUUACAUAUUUAAGGAAGGAAUUUUAUACUUACUCCUGUUACAGUCUUGACUUUCAGUUUCUCUCCCCAUGUGUGGAAGGGCUGGUGAAGGUUCUAAAUCCUUAUCUUUAUUCCCUAAUUACUAUUUUGCAAGAGCAGAGAGGUGGAUAAUUGGAUUAGGCACACCAACCUGAGCAGAGGGGUGGUGGAUAACUGGAUUACGCACACCAACUUUCACUGGACACUAUCUUCUCAGUGGGUUGGGGUCAGUGCUCACCUUGUACUCCUGUCAUCUCUUCCAUCUGAUAACCAAGAGGACAAGCAUAAAGAUGAAAACCAUCAGAUUGAGGAUAAUGGGGUGCAGAGAUAGAAAGCACCUUAAUUGUGCUUCUGAAUUCCCAAUCCUGGAACUGCUUUUCCUUUGAACUUUCUGUUACAUGAAAUAAUAAAUUCCUUAACUUGUUCUGUCUA